AUGAAUCCACCUCCCCCCCCAAUGCUAGCUAUCCCUCCCUACCCCACUGAGACUGGGACUUCAACCUCAGACGGCGAUACACCAGCUCCUCCUACUUUCCCGCCGUUUCACCCCCCGCCUCACUGGCCUCCUUUUCAUUUCAAAUCGGUCAGAACUGGAGCUUGGAUGCUCAAUUAUGCCCCACUUGGAUCUCCAUUGGUAGCUUACGAUGGCACCAUCCGCGUCGAAGCCAUUACUGGUGGUCGGAGAGCGAGCGGCGACCUCUACCAACGACCCACGAUCAGGAUCCCCUUCCCAACCCCGCAAACCAUUAUGCUCCCUCCUCCUAACCCCGCAAAUGGAAUUCCAGUUCAAGCCAUAGGUAACUAUCGUUACUAUCUUCGUGUUACCAAGAUCCUUGAAAACAUAACAUUGGGGAAUUCUUUUCAGCUUGGACUCCAGAUGUUUCUGUUCACUCCAACCUCCAAUGGUGCCGGAACGUGGUCUCCCCAGCCUAUCAACUGCACAGCAACUAUGUCAUGGACCUCCGCGCCAGCCGGCUAUCCAUCUUCCACCGACUACCUGCAGGGCGACUUAAAGCAGGAUGGUACUAAUGUCAUCAUGGGUCAUCUCAAGAUGGGGUGGCUUUCCAAAUUCCUUCGCAAAGCCACAGUUGAGAUUGAUACGGAGACGGGUUCGGAAGCCCCAUUGGAUAGCGGGAAUGGCCACAACUGGCAGACCGUCGGAGAGUCAAUUGGAUAUGACCUCAAGAUCCACGUCAGUGAGCGCAAUGUCCCAGAGGUAACUGGUGAAAGCUGGGCCGAUAACGAGAUGAACGAUACGAUGAUUGCGCACCGCGAGCCAACAAACCUCAACUUCGAAUGGCAUUACCAUAUCCUUGCUGUUCACCUGAUCGACUCCACCCCGCGAGGCAUCAUGUACGAUUCUGGCGCGACGGAUUCCAACCACAUCCCUCGUGAAGGCCUUGGGAUCUCAACUCAUUGGAUCAUCGACCCUGGAUAUGGGACUGUCAGCGGUAUGCGUUUUGGUCUGGCCAAAGCACCGCAUUUCCGAACCGCAGUCCAUGAACUUGGUCACGCCCUUGGGCUCCAGCACAAUACCGUCGACCUGGGAUUCAUGAACACUAGCGAUGUGAUUGCUGCCGCUGGGACCGCAGCCAAUCCGUUCCCCAACAAUAUCAAGUGGUCCUUCGCUGACAAUGACCUCAAGCGUCUUCGUCACUGGCCCGAUAUCUUUAUCCGCCCAGGUGGGGUCCCAUUUGGCGAUUCAAAUGACUUCGACCCUCUUAUAACCCCUGACGACCGCGCUCUCUCACUCGACAUGCCUGACCUGAAGCUCGAGCUUACUCCACUGCUCACCGAGGUUCCGCUUGGGGCACCAGUCCGCGUGCAACUCAAGCUCACCAACAACAGCGACAGGGAGGUAACCAUUCCAGCAAGAAUCGAUUUGAAAUCUACUUGCCUUCAGGGGAAUGUGAAAGAUGCACAUGGAACGAAGCGCAGCUUCAGAUCGAUCAUUGGGUGUGUGGAUGAGAACCCCUUGACCGAACUCGGACCCAAAAAGUCUGUCACCAAGUCCUUAACCCUGUUGCGUGGGGGUGAUGGAGCCUUGUUCCCAAUCUCUGGUGUCUCUGAGAUUUCGGUUGCUCUCCGCUGGACUUUGCCUUCAGUCGGUGAGGCUGGUCCACUACCUGAGGCAGAGGUGCAAGGCAGCACGACGGUCUUCAUUACUGGGGCACACAGUGGUGCGCAUGCCAAGGCUGCCCAUAUCGUGCUUACUACACCGGAUGCUCAUUUAGUCCUGGCACUUGGAGGAACCCGUAUGAAACUCGGACUUGAAGCUGUGGAGACUGCCGUUGGAAACGACGUGUUGGGGCCGCACUGGAGCGUGGUAAAGGCAAAGGCACUGGCCAAAGCGGGGAAAAAGGAGUAUGGCAGGCAGCAUCUUGGGGGCAAGGAGAAGAGUAUCAUGAGUGGUGAUGAGAAAGAGAAGCUGCAGACUCUUUUGAAAUAG